AUGUCCAGAACUAUCGACGCAACUCAUUCCGCACGCCCGCAUCGCGGAGAGAUGGCGAUCGAUCCUACUUCCGGCGCCAUCGAGACUGUACCUCCCUCGCUGUCUAUCGCUCAAGAGAUUGCGGCUUUGAAAGCAAGUCUGCCAGCAGGCUAUGCGUACCCUGCAGUCACCAGACCCGGGAAGAAACAGAGUCAUGUUGGAUACCUCCCAGAUAUGGAUCCAAUAAGCCUCAAUGCAAUCUUGGCUCUCUUCAAGGAACCCAGUGCACUCAUCAAGAGAGGCGUCUUGGAAUUUCUGCGAUCAGGCGGAGUCCUCCCUCAGGUAUUCAUGUGGCACGAGCAGCUCGCUCGAGACUCCGGGCGGUUGUUGGACCAGCUCGCACAAAAGCUUCCACUAUCAGAAUGGAACAUAACAAACGCGCAAAACUUGGCGCGGAACAUUGCGCGUCUAGCUGGCUUACCCCGCGCAGCAAUGAUGAGUGAGCCCUGCGAGGCCAUACGCCUCUGUAUUGACUACACCAAGUCUCUGAGGAGCAAGAAUGUGGCCGAGGGUACGUUCUUCAGGAUGCAUUACAUCUCAGACGAAACAAACCUUCUGAUCUGCUCGACCGUUCUCAUCGCUGYGUACAAGGAUUACCAUACCUUGCCUGGAAAAGGGUUCUUUGCCACUCUCUUUGGCAGUCGUCUUAAGAGCCCAAUGUCGGCCGAGUUGCGGAAACUUUGGGAGAGAGGUUAUCAAAUACAUCAUGAGCCCGCAACAAAGUCGAGAAGCGGCGAGAGCUCUCUGGAAAUCAGAAUGGAAAUCACCCCAGUCAUGUGGGUCAACGAAGAAACCAUGUGCUCCGACGAGGUGACCCAGGAAAUGAGAGUACAUGMGCAAGCGGCAAAUAAGAUGAGAUUACAAGAGCUCAGUGAGGCCAAACCUCUCAACGAAAAUGCGGAGAAUGAGUCGCGGUACCCCGUCCCAAACCUACAGGGACAUGAACUGGAGCUCAACAAAGAGCGCUCUCUGCAGAGACGUUUACUCCUGUCGCAACAGAAGCUUGAAAGAAAUUCUCCGGAUGUCGAGGAGAACCCUUUCACCGACAACGAGCGACUUCUCUACCUGGAAGCGUUCAUGAAGCAGUCAGAAAUAGAGACCAAGAAGAGAGCGCAGCAUGAGGAGACACCGUUCGUGGAUGCUCUUUUCUCCUUCAUUCCUAUCGCUGAGAUUCUACCCCGACGUUCACGCACUGAGUGCAUCCAGCACCAUGCAAUCAUGAGCAAACUGCUCCGCGCGCAGAACAUCGCGAGUCAGGGCACCAAGCGCCCGGCCGAGGAGAUUCCUGCUUUGGAGAAGAAAGGGAAGAAGAAAAAGACAGAGAAGACUUCCAGCACGGAAAUACUCUCAGCCGAAGCUUCGACGCCCACCACAGCCAAUGACGACACUGCUGUCCCGCCUGCUCUCGUUCCUAAGAGGCACCGCAACAAAGGAUUUGGUAAAGACAUGCUCGCUCAUGCGGAUGAGUUGGAGGAGAUGAAGGCAGACUAUAAGCAGCAGAUGACGAAGAAAGAUGAGGAGCUCAAGCGUGAACGCGCCAAGUGUGCCGAACUUCAGGCUACGCAAGACAGUGCCGAAGCAGAGCAACGUCACGAAGAGCGCUACAGACGACAGCAGGCGGAACACGCCGAGGACCUGCAGCGCGCAGAGUCGCAGACUUACAGUAUGCUUUCUCAGCUUUCCGAAAAUCAAAUCGUGAUUGCAGACCAUGAUGCUGCUCGUGACCAUGCGAGGGCCGAGUCGGACCAUCUCUUUGGUGAGUUGCAGCGUUCCAUCGAGAAGGCUUCUUCGGCAAAGGAUGCAGCAGAUACGACCGCAAAAGAAUUGCGACGACAACUUCGUAUUGCCAAUGAUCGCGCAGAUAUCGCGAGGGAAAACUUGGACAGUGCGAACACCCAAACCGAGCACUUCAAGCGUCAGGCUCAUGGCAAAGAUCAGAUGGAACUUGACUUGGCAUCUCUGAAGGAGGCUAUGGUGUCCGCAGAGCAGGUCAAAAAGGAAGCACUGGAACAACAGGGAGAACUGUUUGGGGCGGCUAUGAGAAGACGGGAUCGGCGCAUCACGCAGCUAGUGGAUGAACUGGAGCGAAAUGAGCUUCCGGUACCGCAGGUUCCCACACCGCAGAGUCCUUCCACGCAGCGAUAG